UAUCGAUGGGCUUGAAAUAGUUAUUGAAUCACCAUCUGAGGCGAGGAAAGGCAAAAGACACAUUAUGAACGAUUUGCUGCAAUUGGCUACCAGUCCCCCUCGGUGCCUGGAGGCAUAGGCAAUGGGGCCUCACAGCCAAUACCCAGAAGGUACCCGUCCAUCACACGGCUACAUUAACGAAACGUGCAAAGUUUGGAAGGGGUCUUCUAUAUUCAACAGCUGAAUCUACGAAGGAAAUCAGAUACCUCAUUGACCUGGGCGUAGCUUGUUGAAUUGUAGGACCCUUCCUGGAAAUCACCACCCCUGCAGUUAACUCAUAACAUGCGCUCUUGGAGGCGGCCAAAGCACAAGAAACUUCGCUUCCUCCCCAGGAAUGGCAGGGGAAGAAAUCUGCUGCAUUGUUUCUGUUGAACAAUCCACGAUGUCUCUGUUAUUGUUGGCGUGGAAGGGGAAGAGCUUCCAGGCUUCGGCGGGAGGCUCUUUCUCUGAUCUGAUGUCACCGGCUGAUAUAUCAACAUGUUCACCUUCGCUUCAGUGUGCGAUAUGGCAGUCGGUCAAUCGAUCGUUUACUUUUAUUCAUUCAUUCAUUCAUAGCAUAUCAUAUUGGUGCAUCCAGUCUUCUUGCGCUCUGUUUAUCUUGUCAGCUAUCAUGGUGGCCUAACUGCUCCGCAUGCGCUGCCAUAUGUCCAUCGAAUACCUUGAAGCCCAUACAGCUUAUGGUUCGUUGUGGCUGUCCUUCUAACUAAUGGAUUAAGAAACUAUCGUUACGAUUUAUCUUUGCCAUUUUAAGUCUUGGCCCUGGGGUUGCUCUCAGUGUUGUCGUUGACUUUUGGAACUCCGCUGGAACGCUCGCAACAUUCUAGCCACCUCGUAAGUAUCCCAUGAAAUCGCACCAGGAACAACUCAACACGCCUAUUACACUUUCGCACCGACUGUCCAAGCCUGCCAGGGAGGACUUUUCAUAUCUCGGCGUGUCAAGAAUAAGGUGUCCGUUACUCUAACUGCGAUCCUGCACCCCUCACCUAGAAAAUAUCUACUAGUUCGGUCCGGAUAUUCCGCAAAUUCGAAGUAAAUCAAGGGUACGGCUUCAAGGGAAUGCGUCUGAUUGAUCCAAUUACAACAAAAAUAUGGCACCUAUUCAUAAAAUACCCUUACAGACGAGGCAGACGCACGUCCUACCACCUCGCCCGGCUAAUGGCCCUCCAGGAGAAGCCGUACCGGUAACAAGCUUCUUUCGCUGGAAAACCUUAUUGUGGAUCAUGAUUGCUACUGUUUGUAUUUUCGUACUUACUGUUUAUUUUUGGAAAUUUGGUGCAUUUCUCCGCCACUUCACUAGCCACAGGAUCUUGGAUGGUAAUCCUAAAUCCACUCGAUAUGCGAAAACCUGGCAUGGUUGGGUGCCUUUGGAUAAAUACGAGAGAAAGAAGGCUUGGAGAAAAGAGAAAUUCAGGAAAUUUCGUCGAUCGGUAGCGUGGAGGUCGUCUCAUGCUGAUUAUAACUGGGUGUGGUGGGAUCCAAAAGGUGCUGCGAUGGAGCAGCAUUUCGAGGACCAAAAAGUGAUUCGCUGGCUUCCUCGCUGGUUGAAAAGUUAUGAACAUGAGAAAGCAGAUUUAAUAUCGAAAGCGCAUGCUAGGAAUCAAACAACACGCCCAUCGGACGGGAACAUGAAGCGAAAGCCAGGGUUACGACAUUCGAUGAAAACUUCGGCACAGGUUAUAAAGUCUAGAAAUCGCCCACUACGGAGAAGGUUACCGUUAUCCCUUGAUGGCUAUAGUGACGGUAUAAUCCCGUCAAUGUUGUAUAAUAGUCUAAGUCGAACUUCUGCGAAGAGGGGCCCCUAUCCGUCUCCAAGCUCUCGGGGUGCGGUACGUCUCCGGCAAGGAAUGGUUAUUUCGCUCCCAGCUGCGCUGAAUCAACAAAUACCGAAACCUGACUUCCCACAUUGCGGAUUGAGGCGAUGCCCCUCUCUAUCGAGUCUUCCCCAAAAUUUGGGUACCGUUGAUAUGAGGUACGCUCCCGAAGCUCGCAGGAAGACAGUUUCAGAAGGCUUUCAAGGGGAUGCAGUUCAUUCGACACUUUCUUCAAAACUAUAUGAGCCUCACCUCCGAAGAGUUAUUCCGACUGACGAAGGACAAAUCAAUGUCGGUGGCCCUCAAGCCGUGGUAAAAACGGACAAAUCUCUCAGUUGGAAGUACAAAGCAUGGGCCGCAAAAAUGCAAAUCCAUACUUUUGAGCAAAGCCCUCAUUCCCUCCAUGGCCUGGUUGGGCGACCUGGAAGUCCACUAUCCGGAAUCCUGAAGGCUAUGAGUUCUUCCGCCCAUCAUUCUGAGUUUUCGGAGCAUUAUAACAAUAUCCCAGCGCAUAACCACGGCUCUGGGGCAUCCGCAGCUAGCAUCAGCAACCCUGGACCCUCAAAGCUGCACGUGCUCGCUCCUCGCAUACAACGUAGAGCUCCAAGAGUCCAUACAUCUAACAUCUCUGACGCAUCGCUCGACAUAACACCUGUAGAUGGCAUCCUGGAUGUAGACCGAUCACCACUUACCCAGAAUAUAAACCAAGACAACACAAUGAGACAUUCGUGUAAGUACAACACUAAACAUGUCCAGCGGCAAUCAUUAUUACCGAACGAGAAAGAGGACAUUUCCCUGCAACAACCACUUCAUCCCACGGAGAACAAAGCUGUCUCAUUCCAACUCUCAAAACCCCACCAGAACGCAAAGAACGGAUCGUGGGCAAAUCCACGGCCUAGAUUGAGCGAUUAUGAAGUGGAAUUGAUCUACGACCUGGAUCGUCGCCUCGAAUGGCUCUCAAAUGAAGUUGAGCCUGGCCGCAAACCAUUUCAUUUUCUGUUACUCGCUAACCACUGGCUGAACAGAGCAACGUGGAUUGUUCUGGACCCUGUUUCGAGAGUUUCACCUAUAGAGCGACGGACACAUGGGGAUCCUAGGUUCAAUCGCUCUUUACCUGAGCCCGAAAAGGACGCUGUUAAGCGGAAAUACCCUGUGAAAAAGCGUGUGAAAUUGCACGCCCCCCGAAUAGAUUCAUGGCGACUGGCAAUUAACGGAGCUAGAAAAUCAUUAGGGAUACAGGAAUUCCUGAAAGCCGUUGAAUUGUUUGAUGGCUCAGCCGACGAUCCUCCUGACGCAGCUAUUGACCCAGCGAGUUGGAUCCUUCGAAAGCCCCCGCAGGGAUAUGAACGGUUGGAUAAGGAAUUAGAAGUAUACUACGAAGGAAUGUGUGGCUGGUGGGAAAAGUUAGAUGACUGGCAGAACGUUUGUCGAGCGUACCGGCCACGCAAACUAGUUCGUGAAGGGGGAGCUAAUCGCCAGAGAAUGAAAGAGGUGGCGAGAAAAGCCACUAGACCAUGUCGCAAAGUGAUGAAGAGAGGACGGAAUCAAGGCCAGAACGCGCCUUUGAAGGGAAAACAAAGGGAAGAGCAACUAGCCGCCCGCGAAAUGAGACAAGUAAGGUCUGGGAGCGGUUCUAUUCCACGCCGUCGCCGAUGUCAGCAUAGUGAGGGUCCCAGGAGGCCAACAAUUGCGGGGUUAGCAUUAGACACUCCAGAGAAUAGUAGUUUUGUGUCCAUAUCGCGAUCUGCUGGUAGGUUUUUUACUAGAGAAUCGGCACACAGACAGUCGUCAAUGGGGCGCUCAUUUGCGCUGGAUGGUGGUCAGGAGUCCGGUGCUAAUAUGGAGGCACUUGGGUAGGUUGCAGCAGCAGUUAAUCGUCUUCCUCGUCGUUAUUGGAAAAGUGUUGCGGACGCUGAAAUCAAUGCUUUCUUUUCCGCUAUCUGUAAAAUGCAUUCUAAUAUCAUUCGUUCGAUCUCCUUGAUCUUCGGUUCUCUUCAACCCCAUCACCUGUAGGACUCUCGCAAAUGAUAUAUGACGGGCUGUAGUUUUUAGUUUUAGAUUUGCUAAAUGAAUAAAUAAAGUAAACAAACAGGACUGUAAUAAUAUGAUAUUGCCCGAUAACUCCUAGAUACUGCAA